GAGACCGAAGUCGAUGGCCUCCGAAGUGGAAUGGCAGGUGGGACGGGAAAGAAAGGAGGGGGAAGGAGAAAGAGCUGAAGGAAGCAGCAAAACACCUCAAAAGCAACCUUCGCCAUUGUCAUUGUCGUCGAUUUGCCCCUUUCUUCUCUCUUCCCACCCGGCUCUCUCUCUCUCUAUAGCCCUAAUUGAACAGUGCUCCUUUUUGCCCCCUGAGCUGGGGCCGGCCUAUCCCUCCCAACGUAAAAAGGGGCGGCAUUUGAGAUCAUAAGCCCCCGCAUUGUCGAUUUACGUCGGGCAUCAUCGUCAAGAUUGAAGCUUGAGAGCUUGACACAGAAAGAGAGAGAGAGAGAGAGAGCGAGAUUCAUAUAUAUGAGUUUGGAUGUAUCGAUAUAGCUGGGAGAGGGAGAUAGAAGAGACAGAUGUACUCGAGCAAUCUAAAAGGGUUUAUACUGGCGGUGACCUCGAGCGCCUUCAUUGGCUCCAGCUUCAUCAUCAAGAAGAAGGGCCUCCGCCGUGCCGGCUCCAAUGGUCCCCGUGCUAGUGUCGGAGGAUACGGUUACCUCCUGGAGCCGUUGUGGUGGAUUGGCAUGAUUACUAUGAUUGUAGGUGAAAUAGCAAAUUUUGUAGCUUACAUUUAUGCCCCGGCUGUGCUCGUGACUCCACUUGGUGCAUUGAGUAUUAUUGUUAGUGCUGUUUUAGCACAUUUCUUGCUGGAUGAGAAACUGCAGAGGAUGGGGAUGUUGGGCUGCCUUCUGUGCAUAGUGGGCUCAACAAUCAUUGUGCUCCAUGCACCUGAAGAGCGUUCUCUUGAUUCCGUCGAAGAAAUAUGGGACUUGGCAACUCAACCAGCGUUUCUUUUGUACAUGGCCUCAGUUGUAGCAGUAGCUUCAGUACUCAUCUUCUACUGCGCUCCUCGAUAUGGCCAAACUAACAUAUUGGUGUAUAUAGGAAUAUGCUCUAGUUCUGGCUCCUUAACGGUUAUGGGUAUUAAAGCCAUUGGAAUUGCUAUUAAACUCACGUUAGAGGGCUCAAAUCAGGCUGUAUAUUUUCAGACAUGGGUGUUUGCUAUGGUUGCAAUUACUUGUAUCAUCAUUCAAUUAAAUUACUUAAACAUGGCAUUAGACACCUUCAACACGGCCCUCGUUUCUCCGAUCUAUUAUGCUAUGUUCACAGCUUUUACAAUCUUGGCCAGCGCAAUAAUGUUUAAGGAUUAUUCUGGUCAAAGUGCAAGCACCAUAGCAUCGGAGCUUUGUGGAUUCAUCAUUGUAUUAUCUGGUACUGCUGUAUUGCACAGCACGAGAGAGCCAGAGUCUCCUCUCAUUACAGAUCUAUACACUCCAUUAUCGCCGAAAGUGUCAUGGUACAUCCAAGGCAAUGGAGAAGUCUGGAAGCAGAAGGACGAAGAUGGGUCAUCCCCAACUUUCGUAACAAUCCUUCGGCACGACUACUUCAAAUAACCGGGAGAUGCUUGGUAGAGAAUUGUGGAGGGAUCUUGGGGUGGGGUUCACUUCAUUCAAGGAUUCGUAACCGAUUCUACUGUAACUAAGAUCCGAUGUUUUUUGGUAACGGAGAAGUACAGCCCUGCUAUCUCCGAGUACUCCAGGUUGAUUGUUGGUUCCAGUAAAUAGCUGGUUUGUGCCUUUCUCAUUACAGUCGUCUGCUGUUUUUUCUCGGUUUGCUACAUCUUAUUCAUUUUGGACACAAGUCCUGAUCAAGGGUGGCCUCAUAUGGUCUGGACUUUGUACCCCGUGUAAUUCGAUUCAUUUUAACCAUAUGAAAUACAUAUUUGUCUCGUA